CCAAGCAAAUGUGAAGGACUUGUCAACCAGUACUAUUCUCCAGACUAUCAACCGUCCAAAUCCCCUGGGGGCAGGCCAUAAAAUGUGGGGACAACGGACAUGGAACUUUCGUUCUCUCCUCUCCAUAUCCCCACUGCCCAUGAAUUGUGCAGAGAUUGAUCAACCUUCGGAACUCUUGUGAGCUGCUCCUUCCUGGAUCAGCACAGAAGAGUUUUCACAAAAUGGCAACAUCGAGGAGGGAACCACCUCAUUCAGAUGCUAGGAUCAACAAGACUGCCCGGAACAUGUCCGCCAUGCUCAAGCGCACCGAGUCUGACCAGGGGUUUCGAAGAGCAAGGUCUGUCCCAAGAACUCCCGACCGAAAACCAUCCCCAUCCCCUACUUCAAGCUCGUCCAACGCUCGUCGACUCUCAUCAUCCUUCAAUGCGCGCACUGCCUCACCAGCCUCUUCGUCCAGUCAUGGCAAGACGCUGCACUCAUCGUCUUCCAUGGCGACGAGAGGAAAAGCUGACAGGUCUGGUGGCACAUCAUUGUGGCCUCCAGCGGCCACACAUAGUCCUUCAUCUAACAGGGGAGCAAGAUCGCCGUCAAUGCCGCAGAAGAGCAAGCUUCCUUCGAGGCCUGGCCUCGAGAAGACGACAGUACCUCCUUGUUCAUCUCCAAGGCUGGGAACUCAGAAAACACAAGCUGUGUCCGCAGUACGCACUCCUGGCUCUACAUCAAAGAAAAAGAGCGGGGGGGGAGCCAACUCUGCUGCUUCUAUGCAGAGGACAAAAAGUGUACCAAUACAGGCUCCCAAAAUCGACGAGCGGGAAGUGGAGCUCUUGAUUGAGUUUGAUGAGAUGGAGAGCAUUAGUACCCCUUCCAUAGAAGAACACUUGCAACAACGCCUCCCGGACCCUAUCGAGCUGAAUUAUGCGGACCCCAUUGCUUCUCAUGAUGCUCCAAACAAGCCGUCCUCUAAUCAACAUGAAUCAGAGAAGAAGGAGCAAGCCACAGAAGAGCAGCUCGGGGCAAAGGGAUACGAAGAGGAGAAUGCUGAUGAUGGCAUCAACAGUCGAUCACACGUCUUGAAGGAAACUGUCGAUGAAACCAAGAUAAGACAAGUUGCAAGUGGAACUGGAUUGAAGGAAGCUGUCGAUGAAUCUGCCUCGAAAGAAGAGGCUGCCAUUGAACCCGAGUUAAUAGUGAACCACCAAGAGACUAAUAAAGCAAAGGGAGAGAAGGUAAUGCCCCUAAAGAACACAAAGGAGUUGGUACAGCAAUGGAGACAGGAUGAAGGCAGGAGAAGUGGAGUGAAAGAGGAGAGCAGGAGCAAGCUCAUGGGGCAGAGGAGGAGCAAGAUCAUGGCCUUGAUCGGGAAAUUUGAGACAGCCAUGUCAGGCUGAGAGUGGAAGGUCGGGAGACGAGGAACUGGCUGGCAUGCAGGGCAGUAGCAACUACUCCCUCGGUCACAUAUUAAAUAUGAAUGUAUCUAUUCACAAAAGGCGUUUAGCUACAUGUAAUAUUUCGUCACUUACUAUGGGAAGGAGGAAGUAGUUAUCUUUUGCAAAAUACAUUCGUGCUAUUCAGACUCCUGGAUAUAUGUGUGCAUUCAUUGAGAGUGUAUGUUGCAA